AUUGUUUGACAUACUGUGUUUGGCACUGAACGCGCACUGCUUUAGAGCGCCAAAAUUUUGUUGAGCUGUUAUUUAUUUACGUUUUAGUUUUGUGCAUUAUGUUUUAAUGUUUUAAUUAUAUAUUUUUGUUUUACUUAAUCCAAUGGAUUUUGAAUUGUUUAAUUUGGAUGAAGACGAUGAUUUAUUAAGCACAGCAUGCAUAGAAGCAACUCAAGAUCAUCUAACGGCACCGCAGCAAACACAAGCAUUUGUUGGUGUCUGUGAUGAAGCGGUCUUGCCUGAACUGCAAUGUAACGGUGAGGAUACGACACAUGCUCAAUUAGCUAGUGAUGGAUUUGUGAAAAGUGGAUUUAUGUUGACGCGACCAGAAUAUUACUGGCGUGAUGCAAGUGAAGCGCUGACGCUUACAGAACUUGAAUUUGGUGUAAAGCAGCUGUAUGGACACAAUAAUGUGCAAUAUCUCAUUGGCACAGCUUGCAUGCAUAUCCAACAUCUGUGGGCUAGCGUACGACAGCCACUUAACACAAAUGACGCAUAUAACUACCACAAACGCAGGAAAGAAGUGACGCAUUUGUUUUAUUGGAUACUGCAGCACACAACCGACGAACAGUGGCCAUUGUUGCGCCCCAGCUUGGAGAGCAUACGUCGUCUAAUUAAUUGCACAACUGAAGCAGACACCUGGAAGUUAAUAUAUUUUGCAAAUAGUUGUAAAGGAAAUGAUUGCAAUGCUGCCGCCUACCACAUGUUGCAUGGUGUGCUCGAGUGGAAGCUGUUGGAUUUGUGUAUACUUUACAGAUUCGAAAUUUGUGCGCCUACAACAAUGUUGGAUAGCAAUACAAAGCCCAACAGCGCCUUCUUGAGUCAAUUGACACUAUACUUGGAGGAUUUAGUGACGUGCUCAUUGUAUUUGUAUGUGAAAAAGCGACCAGUUGAGUUGCUAUAUGCUUCGCCCUUUCCAUGUACAUGCAUAAAGGAGUGCUGGUUGUAUAUACAACUCGCAUUGCAGAAGUGGUCAUUGACUGCACUUGCGGUGGGUGUUGAGCAACUUACCUUUUGGCAACUAUUUAAUGAAACAAUGGCAAAAUUAAAAACCAAAUUGGAUAAAUUUGCUUUAACCACAUUAUCAUUGGCUGAAUUCACAAAUUGGCUGCUACAUGCGCUCGUGCGGCUGUUUGGUUAUCGCUCUAAUGGGCAGUUUGUAGGUCCAAGGCAUGAGCGCGCUGUGGCUGAAACGGCGGAGAAUUUGGACGCGCUGGAGCAAUGUACACAACAGUUCCUCAAUGGUAAUCCCAGCGAAGAGCAGACACGCGUUUAUAUUUGCCUAAUAAUGCCUACGCUGUUGCAUUGGUGGCGUCCACGCGUCACAAUACCAAUUCUUUUGUGGGAGCAUUUCCACAAGCGUCUAAAUACUACAUUCUAUGCUGCCGGUUCGGCACCAAGUAAUUUGGCUGUCGCUUGUGCCAGCGGCAAGGCAUAUGUGGCGCGUUAUCGCGCGCUAUUGCAGCAAGAAGAAUUUACACCUGAUGCCAAUUUGAGUAGUUACACGCUGUUCACGUUAUUGCUGGGCAAGAAUCUAAUGCGCUUGCUGGAAAACGCAGCGACGCGUCAUCAGGCGCAAAAACUGCUCGGCCGCAUUUAUACCAAAUUCAGCGCGCAAAAGUUUCUCGCGCUAAAUGAAAUGGGCAUACACCAUCUGAUUGAGUUAUUCCUGGCGCUAGCGCUUUGUGGUGAUUUCGCAGAGCUUGCGCCGAAGCUGAGCGCGAAAUUGCUAUCCAUCGCAUUGGAUAAAAUACCUGCUGGACGUCAAAUUGCAGUAACUAAAGGUCAUAUGGCGCUGUUGAUACUCUAUGCUGAGCAGCGCUGUGAAAUUGGCGAAUAUGUGAUGAAACUGUUGCAACAGCUCGCUGCUAUUAAUAACGAUUUGGGCGUUUCGAAAGUGCUGGCAGAUGGUUUGUUGGAGAUUUUCAUGCAUGCCGACGAUUUUCGACGCGGCGAACACUUGCUCAUAGAGGCGUGGCUGCCGAAUUAUCUGCAAACCUGCACGCCGGUGGAACAAGAACGCAGCUUGGAGGCCUUACAUCUGAUAUUCGGCAAAUUGCAGCGCAACGAAGCGCUAAUCGAGUCGAACGCGGCGCUCUUCAAAGCGCUCAAUGCGCAUGUGUUGCCGUUUGUCAAGCAACAAUUUGCUUGCGGUUACAGCCAAUGGCUGCCGCAGCUCGCCGCAGACUUUUCCACGCACGCCUGCACAGUGCCGGACACGCAGACGUUUCAGAAACUAUUCACCUGCUUCAUCGACGCGCCGGUUGCAUGCAGACAGGCGCUGCCGCAAUUUCUCAAUAAAGUGUUGCAAACUGAGCGCGCCGCUUUGAUUGAGCCGAAUGUGGUGAUACGUGUGUGGCUGAAGAGUUUGGUGCAGCUGACCGCUGUUAACGAGGAUGUGGCGCAAUUGACGCGCUAUGUGUCGCAGUUGGCGGCAUUUCGCAUGAUGACCGACAAUUUGAAUCCCGAAGAGCUGCUGCAGGCAAAGGAACCGCUAUGUGUGUUCAUAGCCGCUGUUGGCAAACAUUACGACGCAUGUGCGUCGGAUCAUCAACGGCGUUUUCGCAUUGCGGACAAUUUGAAUGCAUAUUUACGUAAUUUCGACAAAUGGCUACAGUCGGACCUAAAGCAGGAAAAGACCGAAGUGGCCUUUCGCUUUUACAGUUUCCUAGCCAUAGUUAUAUACAAUUGCGCGCUCAUCGUAUACACCAAAUCGAAGGUGAACUGUUUCUUUCACGUGGUCAUGACGCGUUUCGUGCUGCCCACCAAUGUGCAGAUGGGCAAAGCGCCCGAUGGCAAGUUGGCGCAAGUGGUGCACAAAAUUUGGCCUGUGCUCGUGCAGGGUAUUGGCCGACUCAAUUUUAAAGCCGACCCGUAUAUUAGCAAAACGCUCACCGACCUCAUACAAAAGUGGACGCCACAUUUCAAAAUCUCACCGAACGCCAAAGUGGUCGCACGCCCCUUUGUCAGCUGUCUGCAAAGCGACAACGCUGAAUUGUCGCUAUUUGUCUUCGAGAAGCUAACCAGCUUGUUCUUGGCCACACAGCGCCGUCAAGCCGAUCCGAAUGCCUGCCUGGUAGUGACUAUCUUCCAAGAAGUGAUCGAGUCCAUAGACGCCACCGCCGCCACUAACGCCAGUGACGACGUGUUAACGCAACGUUUGGAGACUUUCAUGAAAGCCACAUCGCUGCUGAUGUUGGAGCACAUUAUGAUGGUGGAUGAGGUGGUGCCCAGUCGCGCGCUUUUACUGGAUCUGUUUAAACGCAUCGUCAGCAGCGCGACAUAUAAGCGCACAGCCGCUUUACAACAACUACUGGCCGAGCACUUGCGUAUACUUACCAAAAAGCAUCUCGCCUACUACACUUUCUUCUUCUUCGAGCUGUUGCAGCGUUUGGCGCAAUUCACACCGGAUACGAUUUUGCAAAUCAUGGAUUUUCUGCUCGCCGAGUUGCGUGUUGUGGAGCAGAAGCGUGGCGCCGGUGAGGAUAAUCGCAUGAGAGGAUGCUUGCAAAAGUUACAACAGACUUUGAAAUGUGACAGAUAGACAGGGAGGGGGCGAAAGCUCACGAAAUGAAGUAAAGUGAAAAGGUUCGUCAUUGUGAAACUCAGCUGAAAGCCCUAAUUAUGUUUUUAUGUUAAAAUAUUUUUAACGUCGAUUUAAGUUGUAUCUUUUAAGCAUAAUUA